GUACCCCUAACAAAUAACUAAGCCUCCAAACUUUUCAGUUGCUACGAAUUAAGGGCAGAAUUGCCACUAACAUGGCCGCUGCUACUAACACUAACACUACUACUCAAACAGAGGAGCAUGUGAUUUUAAAACUUCUGUUGAACGAAAAGGGUAACAAAGUGCUUUUUGCUGAAGCUGGAAAGGACUUUGUAGACAUUCUCUGUAGCUUUCUAACAAUCCCUUUAGGCACUAUUGCAAGACUUGCAGAGAAGCAAUCUAUCAUUGGGCUGGUUAAUGUUGGUUGCCUUAACUCACUCUAUAAAAGCGUUGCAGAUCUUGAUCAAGGUUGUUUCUCUACUGAUACAAUCAAACAAAUGUUGCUGGAACCAAUUAACGCAGCGGAAGAUUAUUGUAAUACUCUUGUACUCAACAUUGAUGACACUCAACCCACCAAGUACUUUGCAUGUGGCCAAUAUUGUGACGCCCGCAACACUCAUGAUUUGAUCACAUCAACAAAUAAAGAUAAAUAUAAAUGUUACUGUGGUGGUUCUUUUACCUCAACAGUUUGGCCUAGACGUUUCAAACAAGGAUUUGUUAACGGCAUUGCAACUUUUAUCAUAACUGAUGAUCUGAAUGUCAUGCCAAACUGUCUUGACUAUGCAAGCUUUGGGCUGCUCCAGAAAUUUGGAAUAAAAAACACAAGUUCAGUGAAGGAAAUAGUUCUGAAUAUCACUAAAGAAAAGGUACUUGAUUUGUUAAAGUGUUGUUUGCUCUCCAAUUCUCCUUUGACUGAUUUAUUUUUAGGAAAGAAACCAUCUGCCGAUGUUUCUAGGUUUUCCUCAUCUGAUGUUGAAAUUAGUGGCAAUAUCCAAAUCAAUCUGAAACUAGUUAUAAGAAAAUCAGAUGGCAAGGUUUUGUGUGCUCAAGGGGAACAAGAUUUUGCAGACUUACUGUUAAGUUUUCUUACUUUUCCUUUGGGAGGAAUUAAUCGUAUAUUUGGAGAGAAUUUUUCUUUGGGCAGCAUUGGUCGAUUGUACAAGAGCAUUGCUGAAUUAAAUGAAAACAGAUAUUUGAUUACAAAAGAUGCUAAGAACAUGCUCGUUGCUCCUUGCAUUUCCCAACAGUUGAAAUUAAGCAAACCAAUAUUUUCAAUUCUUGAGCCAGGUGUUGUUGAAUAUAACUGUUAUUAUGAUGGUGGUAAUGCUAUUUGUGGUCAAUUUUUCAAUGCUGGUGAAGAUAUGAGUUCUGCAGCAAUUUGUUGGAAUUUGAAUUUUUCUAACUGUGUGGCAAGUCAUGAAGGUUAUGUCAAGGGUCCAGCUAUGUAUGUUGCUACAGAUGAUUUGAUCGUAGCACCUUUGUCUCCAAUUUCUGCAUUAGGUUUACUUAAUCGAUUCAAAAUUCCACUUGAUGAUUUGAAGGAAAAGGUUGUCACCAUUGGCAUCAAGGAGGCUCUCAGCAUAUUGAAGGCUGGUUUAACAUCGAAAUCUGCACUUACGAAUGGUCUGGCUCACCUUUUAACUGAAGUUAAGGAGGAGAAGUGAGAACUCACAUUUUGUGUUGUGUUAAGGUUCUUGGAGAAAAUUUUGUACUGGACAACAACAACACUAGAUUUACUAUUUUGAUGUUGUUAUUUCAAUUCUAGCAUUUACUAGAUUUGCUAUUUACUAGAUUUACUAUUUUGAAGUUGUUAUAUC